GUUAACGAAGACAAGCCAUGUUUGAUGUUUACGCUUAUUUUACCAAUCCGUUAAAUCUUGUCAUUUUUUUUGCUCAUCGCGUUUCUCGAAUUAUUCGCUUGCUUUUUUCGUACGUGGUCGGAAUAGAUUGGGACCCGCUUGUCCAGUGUUUGUUCGAACCCAAAGCGGUUUGCGAUGGCUCGAAAAAGAAAAUUACGGGCACCAGUUAAAAUUGCACCAGUCAAAAUUGCACCAAAACCAAUAAAACCCGAUCCAUCACCACUGGAGAAAGAGCCAUCAAGUGAGAAGGAGUUCGGUGCUAAUGAUGACGCUGACCAGAAGCUUUCCCCAACCAUCGAUGAUAAACAACAGUUAGCAGUGGUCGCCCCGGAGGAUGUUCCAUCGCAAACCGAACCGGACAGCAAAGAACAACCCGAAACGGACCUGAUCGAUGAUGAGAAUCUUCGUUCUAAGCGAGUACGUCAGUGGAUGAUUGAACAGCAGCAACAGAAGGAACGUUCCGAUUCGAGAGCCGAAUCCGGCGAAUCGGAAACUAUUGAAAAUCCGGCUGACGAUCCACUGGAGGAGCAUGGUUAUCCUAUGACGGACGAAGCUUCCCAAUUGACGGCGGCAUCAGAGAUUCCUCUGCGGCACCGUUUGAAGGCAUAUACGGAAAAGGAGAUUCUCAACUCCGUAAUGUACGAGUGCGAGUGGUUUAAGUGUGGCUUCGAAACCACCGAAGAUAUGGAGUACAUGACACAUGUUGAAAGCCACUUGGCGGAUUAUCUGCGGGAGCAACGCGACUCUAGAAGUAUACCCUGCCUAUGGGAUUUAUGCGACUUCAAGGCGGGCACUUCCAGUGAUCUGGAGAGCCACCUGCACUUUCAUGCGUACCACAACCGCAUGAAAACGCACGGUGCCAGUUUGAGCAACAUUAUCCAAAUUCCCAAAUGCAACAGCGACAGUCGCCGACGGAACUGCAUCGACAUGUACCGCAUCACCUUCCAGUGUGAGUGGGAGGAUUGUGAAGAGUACUACAACAAGGCGCAGCUUUUUUUCAACCAUACUAACAACCACGUGCAAGAUCAGUUUCCGGUGGACAAGCGCUCGCGUAAGGAACCGGUGCAGUGCCAAUGGGCAUUCUGUAAACAAACGUACAAGCGCGCCAGUAUUGGCUUGGAACACAUUCGACGGCACUCGACUGAGCGGACUAUAGGUUGUUACACGUGCGGGGCGAUGUUUGUCUCUCGGCUAAAGUACAUCGAUCACUGUAAACGACAAGUGGAAUAUCAUAAUCGUGAAUAUCCAUGCUCACAAUGUAAUAAACUGUUCGCGACUAAACAGCUGAUGGUUGAUCACAAAAACAUUCACAACAAGAAGUUUGCCUGUUCUCUUUGUCCGAUGAUGUGGCCAUCCAGAAAGGCACUCGCUUAUCACAUACGGUACCGGCAUGUCGAAGAGAAGCCAUUCAAAUGUCUCGUGUGCAGUCAUCGGGCAGUAACCGCUCGUGACUUACGAAUUCACGCCAGCAUUCACGAAACCGACCAUUUGAAACGGUGUAAAGAAGCUGGUUGCACUGCGGCAUACAAAUCCGAAAUAUCGCUACGAAAACACAUGUCCAUGCAGCAUAUGGGUUUACCACCGGACAUCUACGCGUGCCACUUGUGCCCUAAAGAGUACAAAAGUGGAACUGGCUUGUCACGGCACUUUAUGGUCAAUCACAAAUUGGACAGGGAACCGGGCUACGUUAGAUUUCAGUACCGUUUGGAUGUGCGCGAUGAAAAAUAUCGUUUGACUACUUAUCUAGACGCCGAGUUGAGAUCUGAUAGGAAUGCGGACGCUGAUCCAGCUGACCAAACUGUUUCCGAUGUCAAUCAAUCGUUGCUUUCAACUACAAUUGAGUCUGACACUACAUGGACAAGCUACUCAAUCGAAUCGUGCCGUCCCAUCGCAGGCGAUAAGAUCGCUAUUCGAAUGAAGGCUGGAGAAGUGUUUGAAAAAGAACCAAAAAAACCUCGACGCUCAGAUAAAUCUCGAAAUACCAAGAGAAUAAGAAAAAAGAAAUUAUCGAGGAUGAUUGCUGGUAUCUCAAAUACAACAAAGCUAAACAAGUUAGUUAAGAUCAGAUCCCCUUUGAGCACUUCCGUUGAUGAUGCCGAACUGAUCAUACCGGAUGUUAUCGAACAAGUGCCAACUGUGGCAACUGUUCAAAAAGACGCAAGUAAAUCAGCCGAAGCACAAGAUAUUAUAGCAACGACAGACAACUUUGAAAAAUCCCUAGAAAAAGAAAGUGUUAAAAACAAUCCGGUAUCUUUUCCUAAAGAGCAACCAAAUAGAACCAAACAACAAUCUUCUCCACGCAAGCAACAAAGUAUGACCGAUGUAUCAGAGCUGUACGAUGUUCCUUCGCCCGAGCCUUUCUCGAACGAUCCGGUCACAGUACGCAAUGAGGAUUGCGAAGCUGAACCUCAAAACAGCGAGGAUACUACGCAGAAUAGUGAAGAAGACCUCGUAACGGAAACUGUGGGCGAAUUUACCAUAACUAUGAGCAGAACUGACAAAUCACGGGAAAACGACGACAAUACGGACGAGCCAGUGCAAGUCCAGCCCGACGAGGCGAUCGACUGUAAAGAGCUCGUGAAAGAGGAAAUUGUGGAGCUGAACAGUAUCGAGUUGGUUAAGCAAUACCUGAAACCGGACUGCUCCGUUGUAAUUUCUAUAGACGAAACGGACGAAGCGGGCAACGUACUGCAGAACACGACUAUCGAUGCUGUCCAGUACAGCUGUAACGAGGAUGUUGAUUUAGAUUUCAAACCCAUUCGUGAGGCGGAAAAUUGAAGUGAUUUGCAAUUGUUUUUGAUUUUUAUUUUGUAUUCAAAUUGGAAACGAUUUAGUUCUAAGCCAAUUCAUUUAUCCCUUUUGUAAUUAUUAGGAAACUGUUGUUUACUUUUCCCAACAAGACGAUUCCGCUGGUAAAUUACCUAAGAUAACAUACAUAAGUUUAAUUUUGUUAGUCAUCGUGAAUUGCAGUUGAAACACCGCAAUGUUUUAAAUUGAUUGAAUUCCUUUGACAAAAUUAAAAUCAUUAAUAAACAAAAACGGGCUAAAUAACUUUUAUAUUAUGCCUGCGUAACUGAAUUAUUUGUUUUACUAUAACCAAGUAUAGAUCUAAUCGUCAGCUGGAAGCUUUCUAUAUAUGGUCAGUGCUUUAGACAAAUGGAAGUAGUUGGUUUUAGAGUACAGACAGAGACGCCGACAUAUUUUUUAAAAUAGGUGUUGAACUCAGCACAGCUUGUCAGCUCUUUUUCAUCGUGACACGUGAUAAAUGAUGAUUUUACUUUAUCCGGGAGUUGAAUUCAACAUUCACAGGAAUUCUAGCACCACCUACCAUUAACAAUACAUCCCUCGGCAUCCCUGAUCAUAAUGAUUGCUGUAUAUCAUAGUAAUUAGUCGAUUCCACGCGCUUUCA